UAAUAUUUAAUCGCUAUACAUUGAAGUAAAGCAAAUAAACUUUUAGUAAGAUGGCUGGUGUGUUCGUAGUAACGAAUAAAGACAAGUUUUUUGAACAGAUGCGAUUGGAACAUAAUAAGUCUGAAAAGGAAUAUGAACAGUGCCUGGACAUUUUGAGCGAAUGGGCAGAUACUCAAAAACAUUUUCCAGAAAAACCAGAUCGAUAUAUUCUGCGUUAUGUGUUACUCUCCAACAAGUUCAGUAUCGAGAGAUCUAAGGAAAAACUGGACAUGUAUUACAGCGUGCGCAACCUCAUGCCAGAAAUCUUCUCAAAACAUCCACUAUCACCAGAGUUCAUAAAGGAAAGCAGAGUAAAUUAUGCAAUACCAAUGCCCAAACCUGGUCCAGGCUAUAAAAGGAUCGUGUAUUGCCAACAUAAUCCAGAAUUUGGAGCGGAAUAUUUCUAUCCAGAGAAGUUCCUUAUACAUAUAUUGCAUGUGGCAGAACUGAUAUUCCAUACAGACGAUUGUUGCAAUUAUCACUUCAUCUAUGAUUGCAACGGUUUAACAUUAGGACAUGUACCACGAUUCAGUCUAGUGGUUAUGAAGAAAGUAGGCUUCCUACUUGAUGAAAAAUUAUGA